GUCGACGAGAUACAAAUCUGACCAGGGUAUCUGUUAUUCAUAUGAAACCAUUUGAUGGGCUGACAAACAUGACGCGGCAAGGAAAGAAGGAGGGCGAGGUGGGAAUACUAUCGCGAGAGGAGUCUGCAGGCGAGCGCGCGGAGGAAACUCUGCGACGCGGCCCAAGUACAAUUGGAUUGGUUUGCAUAUGCAUAAUUGUACUUUUAUGUGGUCUUGGAGGUGGAUUCGGAAUAGGAUGGGCUGCGCGCGGCGACAACAACGGUUCCCCAGCGGCGCCUGCACCUGUUGUGAUGGUAGACAACAUCGACCGGCUGCAGCCGCUGCGCCCCUUAUCUAUUCUAGGCGAGGCAUCCAAUGACGCGGUGCUGGCAUCCGAGGAGCAGUGGCGCGUCAUGACGCCAGCACUGCGCGUGUUCGCCGCGCUGGUGAGCGCCAUGGCCAACGACACCGCAGUGGUGGAGGCUUCCACACUGCGUGCCUACCUGGCCUCCCUACCGGAGGGCCCCAGCUCCUCGUCGCUGCUCAGCGGCGUGUACGGCGCGGCCCAGCGGCUGCUGGUGAACCCAGAGGUGCAGCGGCGGCUGUACGACGUGGCAAGUAGCCUGACGCCGGUGUUCAAAUGGGCCCGUGCAGCACAGGACCGGUACUACGGCAGCAGCUCCAGCAGCAGCAGCCGGAGGCGGUCAGACCGGCGGCUGCGGGUGUUGCUGGAAAGCGAGCAGGCAGCUGUUGCGGCUGCGGCAGAGGCGGAGGCGGAAUCGGGGUUAGUCUUGGAAGCGGGGCUGCAGGUGGGCGGAGCGAUGGAAGAGGUGAUGCAGCAGCGCAGGAGGCGUCGGUUACAGCAGGGUUCCAUCACCGGGGGGCGAGGCGGCGUCAACGCGCCCCUGUACAACAUGAUUGACGACGCCCUCAACAGCCCGGCGCUUGUGGGCGCCCGCGCAGUGCUGCAGGAGCUGUAUGAGUGGGAGUCCCUGCAGGACAUGCUUGUGUCUGUGUGGUUGGCGCUGCGGGGCCUGGCCGCCUCCAUGCCGGCGCUCAAGGCGUUGGCGGCCGCGCAGCACCCUGACCCGCUGCGGGUGGCGCUAGCGGUGACGCAGGAAGUGCUGGUGGCGGCGGGGGCAGGAGGAGCAUGGGGCAACGGGACGUCCAUCACGCUGCUCCCAACGCUGCCCCCGGUAGUGGUGCUAGAGGACGAGAUCAGUGGCGCGGCCUCGGCCGCUGCACACCACCACCACCACCGCCAUCGCAGCCUUGCAGCGGACGCCGCCGCGGUGCUGCCCACGCUUCCAGCCGGCUUCAGCCCACGGCCACCGUCCGAUGUCCCCAACCUGCUGGUGCCUCUGGUGUUUCACAUCCUUCUAUACCAGUCCGGCGACGGCAGCCUGGGCCCCCCCGGCUACAACCAGGCGGCUGCGGCGGUGACGCGGCUGGUGGGCGUGGCCAACUCGCUGGCGGCGCCGUCCGGCAUCCAGUUGUUCGUGCGGGAAGUGCGCAGCGAUGCCGCCAAGUACCCCUACCUCCUGGCCUACGGCGCGAACCGCACCACGUGGCUCAACUGCGCGGCCGAGUCGGCGUUCGCGUACGAGCAGUGCGGCGACAUCAUCCGGACUGCCAGCUCCGAUUUCCCACGCUCCAUCAACGUGUUCGUGGUCAGCGAGGGGCCGCCAGCCAAAUACUACGGGUACGCCUUCAGCGGGGGCUCCUCCGAGGACCCAUUGUAUGGGCACAUCGGCCUGACCUACCCCACCAUCAGCACCUCCCAGCUAAACGGCCAACUGUCCUAUGAGACCGGCGCAGUGACACUCUGGCACGAGGUGAUGCACCACCUGGGCCUGAAGCACACCUUCUCCGCGGACGGCAGCUGCACAGAGGACGCCGCGGACGACCUGGUCGAGACACCCGUCAGCAGCGGGCCCGUGUGGGGGCAGCCCUGGGCCAUGGCCGCAUACCUGGCCUGCAUGCAGGCGGUGCAGUACGACCUGGCCAACGACUGGGGCCGCAUCUACGCCGCCUGGCGCACCACGCUAGGCAUACCCGCCGGCGACCAGCGCUCCUUCGCCAAGUCCUGCCCCGGCCGGCCCGGCCAGGACGAGCUCGGCAACUACGUCACCUACUCCUACGACGUCUGCUAUGCCGCAUUCGGCCACGUCACGCAGCAGCAGGUCCGCAGCAUGCACGCCUUCACCGCUGCCUCCAAUCCCUCCAUGUACGCCUGGGCGCAGUACUACGCAGCCAACCCGCCGCCGGAGGCGAAGCAGACCGCCGCCGCCAUCGUCACCGCCUCGCCGCCACCCCCACCUCCCCCCUCGCCAUCGCCGCCUGCUGCAGCCGUCGCAGAAGCCCUGCAACAGUUCCUCCGGCCCUGCCCUCCGCAGUACACGCGAACGGGCUGUCGCUGCAAGGACACAUGGGCGGUCAUGGGGACCACCUACAGCGGCUGCACCACUGUGCCGGGCAUGGCGCAGGGCGGGCCCUGGUGUGCAGUGGUGCUGGAGGACGGCUGCGCCAGUGCCCGCAACGGCUGGUGGGACAUGUGCACACCCGUACAGACCUUAGGCUGCCGCGCCACCAGCCCGCCUCCGUCGCCACCGCUGGACCCCUCGCCGCCGCCACCGCUCGCCCCCUCGCCACCACCACCUAGCGCCACGUUUAAUGCCACUGCGAUGUGCGGCCAAGGCGCCCCGACGCGCCAGGGCUUCACCUGCGCCACGGGCCGCUGGACCACCACCGCCACCGGUACUAACCGCUACAGCGGCUGCGCGAAUCCCGACAACAACCCCCAGGGCCUGUGGUGUGCGCUUCCCCGCGGCGUCACCACCGCCUCCGGAGCCUCGUGGGACCUGUGCCUGCAAGCCUGCAACACCGCCGCCGCGGUGGGAAGCAGCGGCAGUGGCUCUGCUGGGACGCCGUCUCCCUCACCCUUGCCCUCGCCGUCGCCCACAUCUGGCAGCACGGUGGCGACAGGCUGCACCACCACGGCCCUCUCGUUGCCAUCCGGCUGCAAGUGCGCCUCUAGCUGGAAGGCCAGUGUGGGGGCCAGCACCGGCACCCACAUCGGCUGUACCCUGUUCCCGGGAGUGGACCCGCGGCCGGUGUGUGCGGUGGAGGGCUGCGAUGCCAAGCGCAACAACGGCAAGGUGGUCACUUGCAGCUGCCCCUGAGCGCGUCAGGUGCCCCUGAGCGUGGUGGUGGUGACAAAGCAACGCAUGACCUGUGAAAGAGUGACAAGGCAUGUAGCGGAGGUGGGGGUUUGGGUGGAGCGCGGCGUGCGUGCAUGUGUACAUACAGCGACAGUGCAGGUCAUAAGGUGGAUGCGGAGACUCAAACACAUUGUUUAAUUGAUGACGCGUGAGUGUGGACGCAACGUCAAGAUGUGGUGGUACAGUUAGGCCCCGUGGUAUUGCUUGUGAGGAGGUGCGUCACAAGUUGCGGCACUCUUAUUGCUGGCGGGGGAUCCUAAAAUGCAUGUGUGUAGGGGGAACAAUGCACGAUAGAGCUCGAAUACUUAUCACUUGCAACGUGCUAACUGCCACGUGUAGGACGGAUAGGGGUAUGCGGUACGUUAUUAUCAGGGGAGGGUGAUAUGUUUGGGCAGUGGUGCCUAAGCUGAAGCGCUGUGAGGCGCCUAUUACCGGUGCUGGAUUUGGUUUACUGCCUGCUGCUGCAAAGCGCGUGCAAAUAGCCUUGUUUGCAGCUGGUGCAUGGGUUGUUGCGUUCCUGGGCGUGGUUGGGCCGGGCGGGACGGCUUCUGGAGCGUCGAUUG